UGCAGUAGGCAGCCUAUCUCACUAGCGAUAACCCAAGAGUUAAAUAUCCAGCUUAAAGGGCGGCGAUAGCUGGUCGUUUCCGUACAGUCACUAAAGUCGUUGAGUUCAUGACACGUCUCGUACAUCAACGUUAAAAACAUGUUAACCUUUCUGUGCUCACUGCCCAUUUUAUGGCAAAUCGGAUUGCUCAUUUCGCUUCUACUUGGUGGCUUUAAAGCCUACCUCUGGUACACGUUGGGUGUUUGUACCAGCACAAAGAAAAUGUCGGGCAAAACGGUCAUCAUCACUGGAGCCAAUACGGGUAUCGGCAAAGAGACUGCCAUUGAUCUUGCAAAACGAGGAGCACGAGUCAUUCUCGCAUGUCGAGAUCCAAAAAAAGCAGCGAUCGCCAAAGAUGAUAUUAUUCAGGAAACCGGUAACAAAAAUGUAGUCGUCCGCCACCUUGACUUGGCAUCCCUCAAGUCUGUCCGCAAGUUUGCAGCUGAAAUUCUUAAGAGUGAACCUCGUCUGGACAUCCUCAUCAACAACGCCGGCUGCGCUACAAUUGAGAAGAAACUAACUGAAGAUGGAUUAGAGUACCAAAUGCAAAGCAAUCACUUUGGUCACUUCUUGCUAACCAAUCUACUGUUAGGAUUGAUCAUCAAAACCGGGACUGCUCGUAUUAUCAACGUUAGCUCUGAAGCCCAUAGGAUGCCCAAUCGCUUGAAUUUGGACGAUCUGACCUUUGAUCGUGACCCAGCUGACAGCAAAAUUCUCAGAAUUUAUGGUGUCACGAAGCUUUGCAACAUUCUGUUUAGCAAAGAACUGGCAAGAAAGCUCGAACCUUGUGGUAAGAAUAUAACUGUCAAUUCUCUUCAUCCGGGAGUCGUACAUACCGAAUUCGGUCGGUUCCUUCCUUAUGAGGUUUUCAAGAAAAUAAUGACAGCCAUUUCCCCCCUCUUCUCGAAGUCGGCUAAAGAAGGAGCGCAGACCACAAUUUACUUGGCUGUGGCUGACGAAGUCGCCAACGUUUCAGGAAAAUAUUUCUGCGAUUGCAAGAUCGCUAAAACCAGCAAAUUGGCAAAGGAUGCGGGACUAGCCAAAAAAUUGUGGGAAGUCAGUGAAACGCUUGUUAAAUUGAAGCCAGAAGAGCGACACUACUAAUGAUGGGGAAUUAGGCCAAAUAAUUUUCUGAAAUUAAUAGCCAAUAAUACAUCAACUGAAACAAA